UGAAGCCAGGAAGAAUUUAAUGAAAGAAAAAAUGAAGUUCUCUGCUUUUCUUAAUGAGAUUACUCGGCAGGUGCUCAGCCCAAUGAGGCUAACCACUCUUGGCGUGACAGAUGCACAACGACCCUGCAGUCCAGGGCAGGCCUCUCUUAGAUCCAGGAAGGCGGACAGCAGGACUGACAAACCUAGACAGCAAAGAAGCCGGCCCACCAGUGCGGACUCAAUUAGCUCCAGCAAAUAUUCACACUCUUCGCAGUUGUCUCAAUCUAAAUCUUUCCACGGUGAAAGUCGCUAUUUUGAAGAGUCACCCCAUCACAUGCAUCAUAGGCCAAAAAGCUGCACAGAAUUCAGCUGUUUUAGAAGACGUCACUCAUGGUCUCAAUCUCCUGAGCGUCACUCCCAUUCUUUUAAGCACUACCAUAACCACCACAAAGGAGACCAUGAGACUUCUAGUCACCAUCACCAUCAUCAUUACCAUGGAAAUAGCCCAAGUCCUCACCAUCAUCACAGAAAGGACCACAGUCCUGUUUAUCCCCAUGGAGAUUCACAUAGCCAUACUUACCACAACAAAGAUCACCACAGUGCAUCACAUCACCAUUACCGUGGGCAACAUCGACAUAGAGAACCCUACAGCCCAUCCCAUCAUCAUAGUAAUGCACACCAUCACCACCAUGGCAAGCACUACGACCAUCCACAUCAUCACAGAGACCACCAUAGUCCAGACCAUCACCAUCAUCACCAAGAAGACCAUAGCCAAGGUCACCACCAUCACCAUGGAGACAACCAUAGUCCAGACCAUCACCAUCAUCACAAAGACCACCAUAGUCCAGACCAUCACCAUCAUCACAGAGACCACCAUAGUCCAGACCAUCACCAUCAUCACAGAGACCACCAUAGUCCUGACCAUCAACAUCAUCACAGAGACCACCAUAGUCCAGACCAUCACCAUCAUCACAGAGACCACCAUAGUCCCGACCAUCACCAUCAUCACCAAGAAGACCAUAGCCAAGAUCACCACCAUCACCAUGGAGACAACCAUAGUCUAGACCAUCACCAUCAUAGUGGAGACCACCACAGUCCAGACCAUCACCAUCAUCAUGGGGACCAUCACAAGCCAGACCAUCACCAUCAUCACGGAGAUCACCAUAGCCAAGGCCAUCACCAUCACCAUGGGAGCCACCACAGACCAAACCAUCACCAUCACCAUGGGGAGCACAAUAGCCCAGAACACCAACAUCAUCAUGGGGACCACCACAGUCCAGUGCAUCAGCAUCAUGGAGACCACCGCAAUCUGGGGCAUCCCCAUCAUCAUCAUGGAGACCGCCACAGUCAAGAUCAUCAUCACCAUCAUCAUAGAGACCACCACUUUUCAGACCAUCAUCGUCAUCAUGGAGACCAUCACAGUCCAGACCAUCACUAUCAUCACCGUGACCAUCAUAUUUUGA